AUGAUCUCAACCAUCAGUGGUGGUCUUAUCAUGACUGGAACCUCCAACAACUCCAUCAAACAUUAUGUCCGCUCCACCUAUGCGCACCAGGUCUUCAGCGUUGAGCAGGAAUGCGUGCUGAAGACACAAAAGUCAAGUUGGGCUCCCAUUACCUUCAGCGAAGAAGAGGAGCGUGGUGUCAUUCUCCCCAUGAUGACCCAAUCAUUAUUCGCACCGACAUUUCUAACUUCGACAUUGGGCGUAUCUUGGUGGACACUGGCAGCUCGGUCAGUGUGA